GUGCUUUGAAUACUUUUGUCAACAAGAAAAAGACACACAACAACGUAUUUGGAAGAAUCUCAUAGGCUGUGACGUAGCAUAAAGACACACCGAAAACAUUUAACCUCCCUAACCUCUUCAAACCACAUUGUUUUCAGUUUUGUGAUCUGUGAAAUUAAGUGCAAUUUUGAUCCAAUUUUUGUAAGCCUUGUAGCUUUUCCAUUAUUUGAUUUUUGAGUCUCCUCUGACUGAACUCAUUUAAAGAAGAGUCUUCCACUGUGAAGUCAUGGGGAAAUUGCCAUACAAGAAGAAUAAACCAAUUAAACCUAAAGUGCCUGUGCAAACCUUGCCAGUUGCCACUCUUGAUCUCAGCAAAGCUCUCGUUAGUCAAGAGGUAGCCGAAAGGUCUGUUUGUGUUUAUGGCGUCUCUGAUAAUUCUGACAAAUGGAAGAAAAAAAUUGAGAAGUGUGGUGAAUUUGAACAGAUCGUAGAAGACCGUGGGGGUCUCAUUGUCACUUUCAAUAAUGCCAAGAGUGCUUCAUCAGCUAUAAAGAAGCUUCAUGGCAAAGCAGCGGCAGAUAAUAAGUCAGUGGUCGCGUGCAGAGAUUUGAACCCUCCAAUCUUGGCCAGUGGUCACAAUCCAGAUUUGUUUGUGAUUCGAGAUGUUCCUGAAGAAAUUGAUGUGACCCAACUCUGGUCAACCCUCAAUGCUGACGAAUGUGGUGUAUCCCACAUGAGCUUUCUACCUACUUUGAGUCGCCAUGUAAUAAUACAAUGCAAGGAGAAAGAGGGUCAUCAAGCAUUGCUGGAAAAAAGUGGUACUCGAUUAGAAAAUUGGCGAUUGAAAGUUGAGCUUUGGUUUGAGUUCUGUUUCCAAAUGACUCGGCGUAAUUUAGUUUUAAUAGAAAAUUUACCUGAAGGUUCCACUGUGACUUCUGUUAAGAAACUCAUUGGUGUAUUUGAAGGUAUUGAAUACAUGCAGAUAGCUCAGAAUGAAAACUGUGCCUUAGUCGUUUGCAAGACAAAAGAUAUUGCCAAUCUUAUUAUCAAGUGUGGUCAGGAUCAAUUGAAAAUUGGUCUUUAUCAACAAACAGCUGGUCUGCGGUACAUGGCAUUCAUAGAUAACCUACAUGACACUACCAAGGAAUCUAAUAUUCUUAAUCACUUCCGUGAUUGUGGUAACGUUUUAAAGGUCAAUGUAAGCCUUGAUCAGAAGACAGGUUUGAAGAGGGCUGUUAUUUAUUUUGAGGAAGAAGAAUCAGUGCAAAAUGCACUACAGUUGAAUGGUUCUGAGCUGUUAGGGCAAAACAUUACAGUUAGCCAGUCUCUUAAAAAAUCUUCAAAUAUGGUGUUCUUGACUAAUUUGCACAGAGGAGCCACAGCUUUACAUUUAGGUCUCAUCUUCCAAGAUUGUGGUCACAUUGAGAGCGUUCAAAUACCAAAACAAAAAAAUAUAGUUAAUGGCAGAGAAGCUGGUGUUGUCAUUUUCAGGGAUGCCGAGUCCAUCCCCAAGGCCCUAGAAAAAAGCAACAAAAGCAAAAUUCGUGGCAUGCGAAUUUUUGUCCACCAAGAAGACCCUUUCGAACACCGCGGAAAGAGGGGGAAAACUCGCAAGAGCAACAAGCGUCAAUCGAACGGAGGCGGAGCUGAAUCACCCGCCAAGAGGAAAAAGAAGGGCUCUGAUGACUAACGAAAUAGAAACUUAGGUACACACCAACUGUAAAAAUAAACUAAGCUGGCCCUCA